AAGCAUUGCAUCAAAAUAUCAAGCUAACCAGCGCUAACCAAGUAACUAUAUACUUCAAAAGAAACAACAAGUCGGAAAGCUUAAAAAUCAUAUUCUAAAUGAUGAACUCUGGUUUGACAAUCGUUCUUCUUCUGAGCACGUUUGGUUUGUCAGCAUUUUCGCAUUCAUAUUCAAAAUGCUGCCCGCAAUCGUUUUUUUGUGAGCUGAGAAAUAAAUUGAAAGCCGCUAACCAACUGUGUCCGCAAAACAAGACAACCUAUGUACAUUUGUCUCACAUUGGCGAGAAAAACUGCAAAUCGUUGACAGAGGAGUUGCAUAAUAAACAAGAUGUGUACAGAUCUCUGUGCGGAAAAUGUUUCACAACAAUGAUAUUCUCUGAAAAAAACACUGUCGACUAUGCAAGGAGUGACGGAGCUCCAGAAAUGAAUAAAUUUACUAUGUGUUUGUGGGUAAAGACCAAGCAAGAUCCCACAAAUGCACAUUACAUUUCCUACGCAUUGGAGGACGCAGACAACCAGAUACUGCUUUAUGUGUCUCCAGAGUCGAAACUUGCACUUUGUAUAGAACAUGAUAGCAAAAAGAGAACUUGCUCAAGUGGAGAUAAAAUUGCGAUAAACGAUGGAAACUGGAAUCAUAUUUGUGUGACUUGGCAAUCAAGCGAUGGUGGAUAUUCCUUCCACAAGAAUGGAGCGAUAGUUGCCCGUGGCACACUCAGUAAAUGGGCUGAGAUGCCGGCAAUUCCAGGAGAUGGUACGUGGGUCUUCAGACAAGACCAAGACAAAGUUGGUGGUAAGUUUGAUGCUGAUCAAUCAGCCACUGGGGAGUUUACUGAAGUCAAUAUUUGGAAUGAAACUCUCCGUCAACCCAAGAUUAUGGAUAUGUCCAAAAGUUUCAAACCCCUUAAAACAGAUGGUAAUGUGAAAUCCUGGGCUGAUUUCAUAUGUGGAGCCAGGGGAAAUGUUAUUUUUGGAAACGACUAA